GCGGCGGCGGCGGCGGCUCCGGCUUCCCCGCCCCUUCCGCCCCCUCCGCGCCCCCCCGCCGGCCCAGCCGAGCCCGGAGGCCCCGGUGGCGCCGCAUGGAGCAGCCGGCGGCGGGCUGAGCCCCUGCCCGGAGGGAGGUCUCAUGGUACCAAGUGACGUGUCUCCCCUGUGAGAUUCGUGCCCCCCAACCUCCUGAGAAGAUGUCAGGGAUGCAGGCUGUUUGGCCGUCCGGUACAGAAUGUAUCGCCAAGUACAACUUCCACGGUACCGCUGAGCAGGACCUGCCCUUCAGCAAAGGAGACGUCCUUACCAUUGUUGCUGUCACCAAGGAUCCCAACUGGUACAAGGCAAAGAACAAGGUGGGCCGGGAGGGCAUCAUCCCCGCUAACUACGUCCAGAAGCGGGAAGGAGUGAAAGCUGGGAUCAAGCUCAGCCUCAUGCCGUGGUUUCAUGGAAAGAUCACACGGGAGCAGGCAGAGCGGCUGCUGUACCCUCCCGAGACGGGGCUUUUCCUGGUGCGGGAGAGCACCAACUAUCCUGGGGACUACACUCUGUGCGUGAGCUGCGAGGGGAAGGUGGAGCACUACCGCAUCAUCUACUCCUCCAGCAAGCUGAGCAUCGAUGAGGAGGUCUACUUUGAGAAUCUCAUGCAGCUGGUGGAGCAUUACACCACAGACGCAGACGGGCUCUGCACCCGCCUCAUCAAACCGAAGGUGAUGGAGGGGACGGUGGCAGCGCAGGACGAGUUCUCUCGCAGUGGCUGGGCCCUCAACAUGAAGGACCUCAAGUUGCUACAGAUCAUUGGCAAAGGGGAGUUUGGAGACGUGAUGCUGGGGGAUUACCGGGGGAACAAAGUCGCCGUGAAGUGCAUUAAAAACGACGCCACAGCGCAGGCCUUUCUGGCAGAGGCAUCUGUCAUGACGCAGCUCCGACACAGCAACCUGGUGCAGCUCCUGGGGGUGAUCGUGGAGGAGAAGAGUGGCCUUUACAUCGUCACUGAGUACAUGGCCAAGGGCAGCCUAGUAGACUACCUGCGGUCACGUGGGCGGUCAGUCCUCGGGGCAGACUGCCUGCUGAAGUUCUCCUUAGAUGUCUGUGAAGCCAUGGAGUACCUGGAAGCCAACAACUUUGUCCACCGGGACCUAGCGGCGAGGAACGUCCUGGUCUCGGAGGACAACAUCGCAAAGGUCAGCGAUUUCGGGCUGACCAAGGAAGCCUCCUCCACACAGGACACGGGGAAGCUGCCAGUCAAGUGGACAGCGCCAGAAGCACUUAGAGAAAAGAAAUUCUCCACCAAGUCAGACGUGUGGAGCUUUGGGAUCCUCCUCUGGGAAAUCUACUCCUUCGGGCGAGUGCCUUAUCCGAGAAUUCCCCUGAAGGACGUGGUGCCCCGUGUGGAGAAGGGCUAUAAGAUGGAUGCCCCGGACGGUUGUCCGGCCGUCGUCUAUGAGGUGAUGAAGAAGUGCUGGACCCUGGACCCCGGCCACCGGCCGUCCUUCCACCAGCUCCGCGAACAGCUAGUGCAUAUCAAAGAGAAGGAGCUCUACCUGUGAGGGGGGGGCUCGCCCACCCCGGCAGCCGGGGGGGGACCAUGCUGGGGGUGGGACCGGGGGUGUGGGCAGCCCCCCUGCCCCGCCCUGGCACCAGGAGGGAGCCCCGGGGGUAUCCUCUCCGCCCCAGUCCCCCGGUUGCUUCCAAACUUCCAAAUCUGUCAGUUUUUAUUUUUAUUUUCCAGGUUUGGGGUGGGUUGGUUUUGGUUUUUUUUUUUCCUCUCCCAGGCUCUUUUUUUUUUAUUUUUGUGGAUUUUUUUGUUGUUUUUGUUGUUGUUGUUUUCUUAGUUUUGGGGGGGGCUUUGUUGGUGUUUUUGGGUUUUUUUUAUUAUUUCAAGCAGGGCCCAGCUGAGCGCUGGGCGUUUUACUAAAGUACGAAUCUUAUUUUUUAAUGUAAUUAAAAGAAAAAAAAAAGAAAAAAAAAAAGAGAAGAGAGAGGAAGGUUGACAAAAGGAGAAUAAUAAUAAAUAAACCAAUGAAAUGGACACACGAAAAGGAAACCCCCAGCGACAGACGUGAUGGUUGACGGGUUGACGCUGGACUCGCCGCCCGGUCGGGAGAGCGUGGCCGCGUCCCUGCCAGAUGCUUUUUUUUUUUUUGGGUUGUUUUGCUUUAAACUCGUUGCAAUGUUUGCAUGCUGUCUCCAGAGGCCUUUUUUUCCAGUCCUGUCCAGUGCUUUAUUCUCAUGUAAUGCUACCAACUGUGAGAUUAAAAACUGUAAUUAAAAAAAAAAAACAUUCCAUACGGACGCGGCA